UAGCAGCGGUGGUGAGAGUAGGUCCACCCUGGGACGCUCCUCGAUCUCCCUCAGAAGCCUGGGAAUUAUUGCAGACUUUGCAGAUAAAGCCCGUCUAGAGCUACACCUGCUGCCAUCAUCUUCGUCUGAUUGACAGUUAUUGCAGGUGGAGAAGGAUGUCCCUGGCAGUGAUGUGGGCAGCUGUGAUGUGCUUCUCUGGGGUCAUAAACAUCGUGUGUCCCCACCCCAGAGCCACAUCCUGGGGAAACCACCUCCUGUUCCCCAGCACUACCCCUGAGGAUUCCCCAGCCAUGUCCUUCCUUUGGAAAUACGCUCCUGAUGAGGCCGAAGAAGCGAGGCCUCCAGGCUCACGCCUUCAGGAGAACGAUAGAGUAAGCAUCAGCAACCUUUCGAAGCUCUACCCAGGAAGUACCUCAGUGAGCUCUCUCCCCGGAAGUACAUCAGGAAACUCUCUCCUAAGCCGCAUGCGUCGCAGCAACCUCCUCCGUCAGGAGGAUCUGGAGGCCCUAAACGGCAUCCCGCAGCAUCAGAAGGCUGAGGUUAUGAAAAGAGCCAUCAGCCUUUGGGUGACUUUGCACCCCCAGACUAUUCCAGGACCACGCACGCAGGGACAGAGGAGUGCCCCCAGGGAUCCUGACGAUGGUGACGCCCCCGUUAGGACUUAUGGUCAACCAUUACGCUGGGGAAGAUAAUUAUUCACACGCCCACACCGCCUACAGCACGCCCUCACGCCCAUUGCACGACCAUACGCUUACGAGAUGUCUGUACUUUCACAGCCAGACUAUGAGCCAAUCACACGCAAAUAUGCGCAACCGCACGCCCAUCACACGCAAAUAUGCGCAACCGCAAGCCCAUCACACGCAAAUAUGCCCAACCGCACGCCCAUCACACGCAAAUAUGCCCAACCGCACGCCCAUCACACGCAAAUAUGCCCAACCGCACGCCCAUCACACGCUAAUAUGCCCAACCGCACGCCCAUCACACGCUAAUAUGCCCAACCGCACGAUCUUGAGCCUGAUACACACACACACAGCACCCCCCACACACACACACAUACACACACACACACACACAUACAACACACACACACACACACACACACACACACACACACACACACACACACACACAGGGAGAGAGAGGACCUAAUAGCAAUCAGCGAAGGUGCGGGACCAGGAGCUAGGACUCGACCCCUGCAACCACAAAUAGGUGAGUACAAAUAGGUGAGUACACACACACAUACACACACACACACACACACCACACACACACACACACACACACACACACACACACACACACACCACACACACACACCACACACACACACACACACACACACACACACACACACACACACACACACACACCACACACACACACCACAC